UACGGUGGACUAGCUACAGAGGAUCCUCCUCCUUCGUUCCCUACUUCGUCCUUCUUCACCUUCUAUUUCGUUGUGUUCUUCGCGACUUCGAAAUUACUCACAUCACAACCAACUCCAAUAACCGUGAUACCCGAAAUCUCGUGGUUCCCGAGAAAGAUCCGAAUGAGGGAUCCGAAUUUGGAGUUGCAGGAAUCGGGUUGGGAGGAACUGCGAAAGGAAGCGCGCAAGAUCGAAGGCGAUCUCGACGUCAAGCUUUCUUCUUACGCCAAACUUGGCGCUCGCUUCACUCCAGGAGGUUAUGUGGAUGGUGGUUCACCACCUCUUGGGUCCAGUAGGUCAUGGAAGUCCAUGGAAAUGGAAAUCCAAUCCUUGCUUGAGAAACUGUUGGAUAUAAAUGAUUCAAUGAGUAGAUGUGCUGCAUCUGCUGGACCAGCCACUUCUGUUACUCAAAAGUUGGCUAGGCACAGAGAUAUUCUUCAUGAGUUUACCCAGGAAUUUAGGCGCAUCAAGGGAAACAUAAACUCAAUGAGGGAACAUGCAGAGCUUUUGAGUUCUGUCAGGGAUGAUAUUACUGACUUUAAGACGUCUGCUGGUAGUAUGUCCCCAAGGAUGCAGUUACUACGUGAGAGAGCUGCAAUCCAUGGCAAUAUAUCUCAUAUAGAUGAUGUGAUUAGUCAAGCUCAAGCAACAAGAGCUGUGUUGGGUUCGCAGAGGGCAUUGUUUUCUGAUGUUCAAGGAAAAGUGAAGCUUCUUGGUGACAAGUUUCCCAUCAUUCGUAGCCUGCUUGGUUCAAUAAGAAGGCGACGCUCAAGGGAUACUCUUAUUCUGUCAGCAGUUAUUGCUGCUUGUACGUUGUUUCUCAUUAUUUAUUGGCUCUCAAAGUAACAAAAGUAUUUUGUAAUACAAAAGAAUUAUGAAUUAUGGUAUUUCUAUCCAUUGAAUUUUUUUGCUUGUCUUAGCUUUUUUUUUUUUUUUUUGUCUUUUAGGGAGGGGGAAGAUUAGGAUUUUUUUUUCAAUCCACUGUCUAAGAGCCUCAUAUUUGCAUGCCAGUUGUUGGCAUUGAAAAAUUUUAUUCGACUACGGAUUUUGAUAUAAAUCAAUCUCAAAUAGUAAAAUUU